AUGUCUUCAUCGCCACCAUUAACAUCAAACUUGAUGAAAUCGAAUACAAAUGGACAAAAGAUCGAUACAGAAUUGUUAAAACCAAACUCAUUAUCGUCAUCAUCGACAACAACAGUAGCAGCAUCGAAUGGUACUGUUUCAAUAAUGAAUACCUGCAAGAAUAAUUUAUUAUCAAUGCAAACAUUUGUUACGAAUCAUAAUAAUAAUAAUGUGAAUAAUAUCGAUCAUCCAAAUAAGAAUUUAAAUGUGAUUAUAAAUGGUGAUUCAUCAAUAGAAUCAUCAUCAUCAUCGCCAAUACAACAGCAACAACCAAAUACAUCGCCAAUAUUUGUUGAUUUAAAUAAUAAAUUAUCAAAUACAACAAUGAUUGAAUCCGUUCAGACUGCAAAUACAUCAAUACCAUUAAAUGAUUCAUCAACAAUAUUUACAAAAUCUAGUCGUUUAAUGCCAAUCACAGAACAAUCAUUAUCGACAAUAGACACAGCUACAACAACGAAUUCGAUAUCAUCAUCAUCAUCAACAUCAAUUUUAAAUGUGAAUCAUACAAAUCAUCAAUCAUUUGGUGAGCCAAUUAUUAUAUUGACAAAGAAAGAAAAUUCUUGUCAUUUUAUUGAAAGACGUAUAUCAUUAGCUACACAAAAGGCAAAAGUUGGCCGUUCGAUUGGUAGAACAUCGACAUCAUUAAAUAAUGCUAUUUUUGAUUGUAAAGUUUUAUCACGUAAUCAUGCCUUAUUCUGGUAUGAAGAUGGAAAGUUUUACCUGAAAGAUACAUGUAGUUCAAAUGGUACAUUUGUCAAUGGACAUCGUUUAUCCACAACAAAUGAACGUUCAUUACCUCAAGUUGUUUAUUCUGGUGAUUGUAUACAAUUUGGUGUUGAAGUGACUGAAAAGAAAAAUGUUCAUAGCUGUGUUAUAGCAACUAUACGUUUAUUUCAUCCUGAUGGUACGGAAGCAACAAAAGAUCAUAAUCAUCGUCUAUUAGCUGAUGGUUGUUUUGAUGAUGGUGACAGACAAUUUUUACUCAAUUAUCCAAAUUCAUCUAUACAGAUACCGCCUAGUCAAUUAAUUGAUCUUGUUUGUCAAAUACAUCAAUCAGUACAGAAACAAAGAUUAUUGGAACAACAAUUAGAUUCUACACGACAAAUAAUGAAAGAAGCACUUGAUUCAGCUAAAAAUGGUUGGCGAUCAUUGGUUGAAGAGGAUCGUUUCUUAAGCCGUAUACAAACAUUACAAGCACAGCUUGAAGUAUGUUUGAUUGCAAAAAAUCGUGAUUCACCAGAAUCAUCCAUUAUUGAAGCGCUCAAACAGAAUAAUUUAAAAUUGAUUGCCGAUAAGGAAAAAUUUGAACAAGAAUCUAAAUGUUCAUUACAGAAAGCAUUGGAAAAUAAGAUUCUAACAGAAACAAAUCUACAAACAGCCAAAACGAGAUUAAAUGCCAAAAUUGAUGAAUGUCGUUUAUUACAGGAAUCAUUAGAUUCUAAUGUUAAAGAGUUGAAAUGUUUGGCACAAAAUUGUGAUAAAUUAAAAAAAGAAAAAGAUGAACUAAUGGCCAAAAUGAAACGUUUGGAAGAUGAAGAUAUGAAAUUUAAACAGCAAAAAUUUGCCAACAAUAGUGGUCAACAAAUUCAGCAACAAGUGGUAGCAGUGAAAAAAUCAACCACAUCAACGAAUACAAUUCUACCGAUUAUGAUGGAUCAAAAUGUUCAGACAAUGAUAGAUGUGAAUGAUGAAAAACAAGUGCGAAAAUUAUCUGAAAAUCAUCAACAAACACAAACAGAUUAUCGGAAUGAAUCAGUCGAUGUUAGAGAUUCAACAUCAAUCGAACCAAAACAAUAUGAACAAGUUAAAAAUUUCCUAUUAAAUCAUUAUGAACAAAUGGAAAUUUGUAAUCAAUCAAUUGUAAAACAAUUGUCGAUGAUUGAUGAUUUAAUUGAUGAGAAAUUAAAAUCAAUGGAUACGACGAUAAUUAGGGUGCAAUCAAUUAUUGAUGAGAUAGUCAAAAAUUUACAAAGAAAAAAUCAACAAUGUUCUUCUUUACUACGUCAACAGAAUGAAUCAUUACAACAACAAAUCGAUGAGAAUAAUAAAUUAAAAUGUGAUAUUCAAUGUUUACAUAUUCAAUUACAAGAAUCUAAUCGUGAACAUCAAACAAACGACGGAUCAAUCAACAACAUAUUGAAAUCGGAAAAAUCAAUACAAGUUGAACAACAACAAAUUGAACCGAAAUUAUUGAUGGCCACAACACAGAAUAAUGAAGAUUUACAACAACAGCAAACAUCAUCAUCAUCGAAAAUGUUAAUGUUGAAGCAUUUAACAAUGGCCAUUGAUGUUGAAGAUGAUGAUGGCGAUGAAACAGUAGCCAUUCAAAAUGAUGAACAAAUUGAUUGUGAUAAUAUUGAUCAGGUUAGAUAUAUGAUUAACGAUAUGAUUAAACAUGAUUUAUUAUCAUUACAGAAUCAAGUGUCACUUGGUAUCGCCGUAUUGCCUUUAUUCGUCAUAUUUGUCUGUUUUGUAUUGGUAUUAUAUCAACCAUUGUCAUUUAUAACGGGAACAUUUGGUUUAUGAUUUUUGAAAUCAAAUUUCUAUUGCUGAUGGCUAUUGAUUGAUUUUGUUUGUUUCGGUUGCCAAAUUGUUAAUUCAAUUUUUUUUAUUUUCAAUUCUCAUCAAAUAUAACAAACUCAAUAUAAAAUAUGGCUCAAUAUUCAUCAUCAUCAUCAUAAUCAUCAUCGUCAUCGUAAUUAUCCAUCAUUUUUAAAUACAAAAAAAA